AUGGCGAACCAAGCCGAAGAUGUGUCGAGAACGAAACGGUUCUUGGAGAACCUGAUGGCGAGCGAGUCAGAGAGCGACAAGUGUAUUCAGAGUGUUGUGCCGUUGAGAAUAGGAGAGCAGGUCCUCAAUUUGAUUUCAAACUGUUUGGUCAGAUGCAGCAGAUGGCGAGCAAUCGAAUCAAAACGCGACCAUGGUUGGAACGCUCCCUUGCCCGGCCAAGUUGUUCUCGCUCUCCCCAACGGUCAGCAGCCCUUCGCUCGAGGGCCGGACAGGAAGAAACGGCUGAGGUCAGACUUCAACACAGCUCAGCUCAAGCGACUGAUAGAGGUGUAUGAGAUGGACGAAUCGAAACGGCCAGACCGACAGGUGCUAGCGAAGGAGCUCGAUGGACUAGAAGGAGGGAGGCAGGUGGAUGCAGCGGCUGUGAAGGCAUGGAUGAAGAACAGGUAUCACACGUGCAAGAGAACAUGUCGGCCGGCUCCUUCGGUUCCAGGCGAGAGAAAGCAGAGACAAGACUUCAAUGCCGCACAGUUGAAGAGGCUGGUGGAGGUGUUUGAGAUGGAGGAAGGGAAACGACCAGAACGAGAGAAAUUGGCGAGCGAGAUUGACGGGCUAGAGGGAGGGCGGCAAGUCUCAGCCUACGACGUGUUGGCCUGGAUGCAAACAAGGAAGCGGAUGCUAAAGAAGAAGCAAAUGAGAAGUCAGACCCUCGCUCCCCCUCCUUCCUGGCUCCUUCCACAGACUCUCGGUGAGCAGGCGAGUGCUAGGGGAUUGGACCAAGCAAAGAAUGUCGGGGAGGCUGCGGGGAAGAGACCAAGAAUGGACUACAAUGAAGUUCAGGUCGCAAGGCUGCUGCAGGUCUACCAGAUGGACUCAGCAGAGCGGCCGAGCGCCGAGGAGGUGGCAAAGGAGAUCAACGGGCUGGAAGGAGGGCGGGCAGUUGACGCGAAUGCUGUCAAGGCAUGGCUGAAGAACCGGCUGAGAUUCUCAGGAGAGGAGAGAAAGAAGAGAAAACGAUCCGAGUAUAACGCCACUCAACUCAAGCGCCUCCUAGAGGUCUACGAGAUGCCCGAGGCUGAGCGACCUGACCGGGAGGCUCUGGCGUGGGAGCUGGACGGGCUGGAGGGAGGGAGGAGGGUGACAAGGACGGACAUCAAGGCUUGGAUGAAGAAUCGCUUCCAUGCCAGCCGGAGACGAAGCAGCCUCCCUCCCAACUCCAAUGCUGACAAGGCAGGGGAGGAGGAGGAGGAGGAGGAGGAGGAGGGGAGGAGGGAGGAGGGGAGGAGCGAAGAGCACGAGGGUUCAGCGGUACAGCAGCCUUCAGCCUCUGGAACCGUGUACAUCCUUCCUGCUGGGAUGGAGCAGGUGGCCAAUGGGCAGUCAAACUCGCAGCAGGCAGCUGUGAUGGAGCAGUACAAGCGAUUCAUGGAAGAGCAGCACAACCGAUUCAUGCGCUACAUACAAACACAAGGAGGAGGAGGAGGAGGAGGAGGAGGAGGAGAGGAACAAAGCCCUGCUGCUGAUUCUCUUCAUCCUCCUCCAGCCGCAGCCAGUACAGACAAGGCGCUGGGGGAGGAGCCGAAAGAAUCCGGAGGAGACGAGGACGGGCAGGAGGAGAAAGGAGAUGGACAAGGCAAGGAGGAAGAGGAAGAGAGCGCGAGGAAGGAAGGGAAGAAGAGCGAAAGGAAAGAGGGGACAAAAGAGAAGAAAUCAGAAUGA